UCCCGUGGAACCGGACCGCGACGGCCCCAGGGAGGAGGACGAGCCCAAGUUGGCGCCCGGACCGCAGGUAGGAGCGAGCUAGGGGAGUCCGGCUGCUCCGGCACUUUCACCUCCCGGGAGCGGGGCCGGGGUGAGCUUGGGGAUGGACCAUCCUCCACUGGCUGGGGCUGAGGCUAUCUCCCCUGAGGCGGGAGUGGAGGCUGGACCCUUCUCCAAGCCGAAGCGUGGUCCGUCCUGUCCUGUGACCAGGGCUGCCUGCCCUCUCCCGCCGCCUCCGGGCUGGAGCAAGGGCUUAAACCUUCGGGUCGUAUAUCCACACUGGGACUGGGCUCUGCUCCUGAGGCCACAGCUCAGCUCUCUGCCCUUCACCUCCCCCUGGGCCCACCUGCUCCCCCAUCUACCCACAGACUGGGGCGCUGUGCCCUGGAAGGCUGCAGCCUCUUCCCUCUCCCCACCCCGGGAGCGGCCCCACCCUUUCCCCUCACUGCCUGCAGCCACUGCCCCCUGAGCAGCUGUGUGCCCCCAGCAUAUGUCUCCAGUGGCCUCCCGCUUCUCCCUGCCCAGCCGAGCAGUUGGAGCAGCCAGCCAGGCCGCCCAGAAGACUAUUUGGUGGGGCUCCUGCGCUGAAGCAUAAACUAGCAAAGCCUGCCCUUUCUUCCCUCUCUACCUCUGACCCCACAAGGUGGCCUACCCCAACCCUCAGAUCCCCGGCUUUGGUGAAUCCUGCUAAAAGUGAGCAGUAGCAGGACUCAGCAAAGCUUCCAGCUUGCCACCUGGAAGAAGGUCACUUUCUUUUGAGCAAAGGAGAUAAUGGGAGGUACCCUGCCAGUGUUCCUGAGAGCCCGGGGUGGCACGAGCCACAGUUGCUCUGGGAGGGUUGUGGCACCUGGGGCUGGGUGGCUCGCCCUAAGCUUGCUCUGACGAAAGAGUUUUGAGUUGGUCUUUUGGCUGAGCCUGCCAAGGAAGGCAGGCUCCUGCAGGAGUCUUGGAGGGUCGGAUGCAGCGCCGGAUGAGGAUGAGGCGUGGCGGAAGAUGCGUUUGGCUCUGCAGACACUGCAUCGGGCAGCAGGGGACUCUGGGAGGCUGGUGCAGCCAGAAGGCAUGGCUCUUGACAGCCUUCUAGUAGAAUCUCUGGAAUUGUGCAUGUUCCCCCCACCUCCACCCAGUCUGUGCAGACUUGCUGCCUGCUAUGUCAUCGGGAACGCAAAGGCUGGGAAGAAGGCCCUUCCCAAAACGGACUGGUGUUGCAGGGUGAGAAGCUGCCCCCUGACUUCAUGCCAAAGCUUGUCAAGAAUCUCCUAGGCGAGAUGCCUCUGUGGGUCUGCCAGAGUUGCCGAAAGAGCAUGGAGGAAGAUGAAAGGCAGACAGGUCGAGAGCAUGCAGUGGCGGUGGCUCUCCUCCAGCAGCCCCUGCACCCAGGCCCUGAGGGGCUGCUGGGCCGUUUCCAGACAGCAGUAGCAGCUUGGGUUCACAGUCGGGGCAAGAACGGAGAGGCUGCAGGCAGCCCCCUUGGCCCUGAGGGAGCUUUUGUGGUGUGAGGGCCUGCUUGUAGGUACUGUCAAUGGAGAUUCUGCCCCUUCUGUGUCACCAUGCUGCCUUCAGCCCUCUGACAGCUUGAAAGCCCACCAGUAUGACAAGGAUGGCAAAGAUCUCCUUGUCACACACAUCCUGCAAAUCACAGUCUUGUGGGGGUGACUCUCAUUCCUCUUCGUCCUCCUCUUCAUCGUCCUCGUCCUCCUCCUCCUGCCAUGGGAACUCAGGGGACUGGGAUCCCAGCUCCUUCCUGUCAGCACAUAAGCUCUCGGGCCUCUGGAACUCUCCGCACUCCAGUGGGGCCAUGCCGGGUAGCUCACUCGGGAGUCCUUCUACCAUCCCUGGUGAGGUUUUCUCUAUCUCGGAGCACCACCGGCACUCAGACCUCACUGCUCCACCUAACAGCCCCACCGGCCACCACCCCCAGCCAGCAUCGCUGAUCCCAUCUCACCCCGGAUCCUUCGGCUCACCACCCCACCCACACCUGCUGCCUGCUACCCCGGCAGCACCUUUCCCUGCCCAGGCUUCAGAAUGCCCUGUUGCCGCUGCUGCCGCCCCCCACACCCCAGGGGCAUGUCAGACCCCCCACCUGCCCUCCACCAGCAUGCCGCUCCUGAAGAUGCCUCCACCAUUCUCGGGGUGCAGCCACCCCUGUAGUGGGCACUGCAGCGGGCACUGCAGCGGGCCUCUCCUCCCACCUCCCAGCUCUCAGCAGCUCCCUAGCACUCACAGCAGGGACCCUGGGUGCAAGGGACACAAGUUUACACACAGUGGUCUGGCCUGCCAGCUGCCCCAGCCCUGCGAAGCAGAUGAGGGCCUGGGUGAGGAAGAGGACAGCAGCUCAGAGCGCAGCUCCUGCACCUCAUCCUCCACUCACCAGAGAGAUGGAAAGUUCUGUGACUGCUGCUACUGUGAGUUCUUCGGCCACAAUGCGCCACCCGCUGCCCCGACGAGUCGGAAUUAUACAGAGAUCCGAGAGAAGCUCCGCUCGAGGCUGACCAGGCGGAAAGAGGAGCUGCCCGUGAAGGGGGGCGCCCUGGGCGGGAUCCCUGGGGAGCCCGCCGUGGACCACCGAGAUGUGGAUGAGCUGCUGGAAUUCAUCAACAGCACGGAGCCCAAAGCCCCCAACAGCGCCAGGGCCGCCAAGCGGGCCCGGCACAAGCUGAAAAAGAAGGAAAAGGAAAAGGCCCACUUGGCAGCAGAAGCUCUAAAGCAGGUGAAUCGUAGUGUUUCUGGAAGCCAGGAGCCAAGGCCUGCCAGGGAGAGGCUCUUGGAGUGGCCCGACCGGGAGCUGGAUCGGGUCAACAGCUUCCUGAGCAGCCGUCUACAAGAGAUCAAGAACACUGUCAAGGACUCUAUCCGUGCCAGCUUCAGUGUGUGUGAGCUCAAUAUGGACAGCAAUGGAUUCUCUAAGGAGGGGGCUGCUGAGCCAGAGCCCCAGAGCCUAUCCCCCUCAAACCUCAAUGGCUCCUCAGAGCAACGGCCUGAUAUUAACCUUGACCUAUCCCCUUUGACUUUGGGGUCAUCUCAGAACCACACGUUACGAGUUCCAGGUGAGCCGGCCCCACCAUGGACAGAAAUGAGAGGCUCUCACCCACCAUGGACAGAGGUGAGGGGGCCCCCUCCCGGUAUCAUCCCUGAGAAUGGGCUAGUGAGGAGACUCAACGCUGUGCCCAACCUUUCCCGGGUGAUCUGGGUCAAGACACCCAAGCCAGGCAACCCUAGCCCUGAGGAGCCAAGCCCAAAGGAGGUUCCCAGUUACAAGCAGGAGCUGCCCGAGCCUGUGGCCUCAAGUGGGAAGCCUCGGAAGGGCAAGAGACAGGGCAGUCAGGCCAAGAAGAAUGAGGCAAGCCCAGCCCCCCGGUCCCCAGCCAGCCUAGAGGCUCCCAGUGCCAAGGGCCAGACCCCCAGCUCCAAGCAGCCAGGCAAGGCCCCGGAGCUUCCCAAAGUGGGCAGCUGUGCCGAGGCUGGAGAGGGGAGCCGGGGAAGCCAACUGGGACCAGGCUGGGCUGGUAGCCCCAAAGCCGACGAGAAGGGCAGCUCCUGGCGGAACUGGCCAGGUGAGGCCAAAACACGGCCUCUGGAGCAGGAGUCUGUGCAGCCCCCAGGCCCAGCAAGGCCACAGAGCUUGCCACAGGGCAAGGGCCGCAGCCGCCGGAGCCGCAACAAACAGGAGAAGACGGCCGCCUCCUUGGACGAUGUGUUCCUGCCCAAGGACAUGGAUGGGGUGGAGAUGGAUGAGACUGACCGGGAGGUGGAGUACUUCAAGAGGUUCUGUUUAGAUUCUGCAAAGCAAACUCGUCAGAAAGUUGCUGUGAACUGGACCAACUUCAGCCUCAAGAAAACCACUCCCAGCACAGCUCAGUGAGCCCCCUGCCGGGUCGAGCUGCUUCAGGGUGUCCUGAGACCCCCCAACUGCCAGCUGAAGGUCUACAGUUUCUUCCUCCACAUCCUUACCCACCUGCCCAAGAUCCUCCCUGCUCCUCACCGUCCUGGACCAACCAAAAGUUGAAUGGAUGCUGUGCCGUGCUGGGGCCCCUCAAGACCUCCGCAGAGCCGCUUCCUGGUGCUACGCAGCCCCCUCACUCAGAGCCUGGGGGCUGGACUGGCCUGUGGGCCGGGGGCUGAUGGUACUGCUGGCCCAACACUGCUCUCUUUGUGUUUGGUUUUGUUUUUGUUCUUGUUUUUCAAUUCUUUACUUUUGAUACUGUGAAGAUCUUUCCUGCCGAAAGAUAAAGCAACAUUUGGACACAGUCA